UGGCUGCCAGAGAGUCGGCUCGUGUCGGGGUUGCUGCGUGUUUGUUGCUUUUUUAUUGAUUUCCGUGGUGCAUAAAUGCUGAUAAAUGCAUUCGAUGCUAGUUAGUGAAUCAUUUCGAUCUGUAGGUUAACACUGCCCUAUUCAACAGCGUUUUCUUCCUUGGCGGGGCGAUGUCGAUGUGAGUGGCUCAGGUGAUUGUGUCAGUGACGGCUCGCUCGUGGGACAGCAUCUGUGGCGCAGUUAGUACGGUCGGCACGCGGUGACAAAGGUGACUCGGCCGCCGCCGAGCCGAUGCUCAGGUGACAGCCAUGGGACGAUCCAGAAGCCGGUCUCCGAAGCGACACGCGCACAAGAAACACUCGCGGAAGCGGUCCCGAUCGCGGGAGCGCCACCGUCGGGACCGUGACCGUGACCGCAGCUCGCGCACCAAGGAGAGGAACAGCAAAGUCAGGCGACGCUCGUGGUCGUCGAGCAGCAGCAGCUCCGAUGGCGGCACGCUGGACGAGUUUGGCCGGGCGCGCCGGCGCGAGAAGCUCGAGGAAGUGGACCGGCUGGCCGAGCUAGAGCGCAUCCGGCGUCAGAAGGAGCAAGAGCAGCGCCAGGUGGAGGAGGAGGCCGAACGGCGCAUCGAGCAGCUCAUCGAGAAGCGCGUCCAGGACGAGCUGGAGCGGCGCCGCGCAGAGAUCGAGGCCGAGGUGCUGAAGCGCGUCGAGCAGGUCAAGGAGGGCAUGGAGAAGCAGAUGCUGGAGGAGCUGGAGCGCAAGCGGCAGGAGCAGCUGGAGGCGCAGCGCAAACAGGAGGAAGAAGAGCGGCUAAAACGCCUAGAGCUCGAACGCAUUAUGGAGGAGAAUAACCGCAAAAUCCAGGAGGCUCAAAGGAAACUGGCCGAGGACCAGCUGAAACUGGUGGAGGAGCAGCGAUUGGUGGACGAGGAGCGUCAGAAACUCCGGAAACAGGAGGAGAAGCGCAAAAAGGAGGAGCAGAAGCGUAUCCUGGGCAAGGGCGCCGCGCGACCUCGGCUCUCGUUCACCCUGGGCGGCGGCGGAGCCAAGUAGCGGCGGUCGGGCCGCGGGAGGGUUGGGAGGGAUGACGAGGGAGGGGACAGGUAGGGCGGGGUGGGUGGGUGGUCGUCGGUGGUACAAAGGGCGGCGGAGGUGGCCAUCCCGCACAGGGACACAUCAGUGGCCACAGUGGCCCGCCCCUGACGCUGCCUGUUUUGUUAGGUCGUGUCGAAUCCUCCGCUUCUAAAGUCCGAUAUCGUUGAUCGAUUGCCCAGUUCUUUUAUUCAAAUCAUUAUUUAAAUUUCUAAUUGACUUCGCAUUUCUUCUUAUUGUUACCCUUUAUUUUAGUUUUUCGAUAGUUUUCCGUAAAUUUUGCCUUCGUAGAUCAAGUUAAUCAGAUCUCACCUUUCAUUUCCUCAGUUUUCUCUUUUUUGUUACUAACUCGUUCUCCUCCCGCGCCCAUUCGGGGUGCCGUCUGUCCGGGUGUACCCCGUGGAUGCCCGCUCCGUUCCGCGUUAUUUCCAGUGGCGCCUUCUCGCGCCGUUGCAUCGCCCGGAUGGGCGCUCGUUUUUACAAUGCGCCGAGCGCGUGCGGCGGCACUCAUACCCUGCUCGGGUGGCUGCGCUAGUCGGCGCGCGCAGUCUGUGGGGUGGUCCGCGUACCGGCCGGUUUUAGCGGCGUACCGUACCUUGUGACCGCGGCGUGUACGUGGCGUACCGUGUACCGCGCGCCCCUCCGGCGGGCUGUGUCCAAUGUAGUGAGUAACCCAGUGAUGCGACGCCGCGCGCCAAUACACGGCACCGUACCGU